AAUGAUGAUACGUUAUCAUAAGCAAUUUUAUAUUAUAAGCUCUCGCGUUCGCCAGGUUUUAUAGUAGUGACACUUUAAAAUUUACCAAAGAUGCCAAUACUUUACGUAAUAUAUUUUGUGAUAAUUUCACAUUUUCUUAAUGUGUAUAUUUACACUAGAGCUCAGCAUAUUGCGCACAAUGCAAUACAAGACAAAGCAAGUGUCAUAAAUAUAUCGUAUAACAAAUGUUCCGCAACAAAGAUGUGCGUACACGGGAUUUGCAACGAGAAACUUGGCACGUGCGUUUGUUACUAUGGUUGGAGAGGAGAUGUAUGCGACAGAUUAGUGAGAAAUAACCAUUUAUUUAGACCGCGAAAAAUAACACGAAACGAACCAUAUAAAACUAGACAUAAUGUGGUUACAACACGACAUCGGAGAUUGAUGAAUCCUGACAGAUAUGUAAUAGAUCUUCUCAUGGCUUUCUUUCCAAAACUGAAAGGAUAUUUCCAACGAAUUUUGGAGUUAGGAGCGGUUAGUAAACAAACUAUAAACACUUUUUAUAUUUCACCGGUAGCAACAUCAAAAUUCGCUAUGGAGGUAAAAGCAAAGACACACGCUAGAAAGAGAACAACUACCACAGAAUUACCAGAAAUUGACACGGCUAGCGCAAUCAGUGAAAUCAAAUCUACGAGUGAAGAAGUUAUAGAGGAACUGGAAAGUGGCGUGUGUUCCGACAGCUAUAAAAUUAGCCCAUUAUCGGAAAGAAUGUGCACACCUGGACUUGUAUGUAAAUAUGGAACUUGUUCAAGUGAACAUAAGGGAACAUAUAUAGCUUUUGACUGCUCUUGUGAUAAGGGUGCUAGUGGUUUACUAUGUGAACAUAAAUGUUGUUUAGACUGUGGAAAUAAUGGACGAUGUGACAUUUUUGCUGAUGGCAAACCGUAUUGUCGGUGCCGGAGGGGAUAUUCAGGGGACAAUUGUGAGCGUUCAGAGUCGGAAAUUAAACUAGUAAAUCCUCAUUUAUCCUCUACCAACAUACAGGUGAUGAGGUUCUUACCUGCAGGUGGCGCUGCUAUAGGUAUCGCUUUGAUUAUCUUCCUGGGCAUAAUGAUCUGGAAACACUUGAGAAGUCGACCCUUUACCCCAAGUUCGGAAAGUUAAUUUGAUUUGCUACGUUCCAGCCUGAAUAGCUCAUCAACAUAAAUGACAACAGGGCAAGUGUAUCAAAGACUAAGAGACUAAGGUGUGAUCCAAUGAACAUGCCGGAUUUGUCCGGUUCGACAUUCAAAUAAACAAAGCGAGUGUGUCCAGAUGAGACUCAAAUUACGGCAAGUGUAUGGACGAGAUUCAAAUGAGCAUGACAAGUAUGUAUGUCCAGGGGUCCAAGAGGAGAAUUAUAUACUAGUAAUUAUGACAAGUGUGUCUAGUUUUUAAAGCAAUGUGAGAUCCGAAUGAGCAUGGCAAGUGUGUCCAUAAGUUAUUACAAAAUAAGAUUUAAAUGAACACUGAAAGUGUGUCGAGUUGUUAAGACCACGGUGAAACCCAAAUAAAAUUGGCAAUUGUAUCCAGGUUUAACGGUAUUUAAAAGACCAGUUUCACAAUUAUUAGAGCGGUAGAAGUGCUUGCAAAUUAUUCUACUGAAUUAUUUGAAAAUUCAUUGAUACCUGGAAUCUCCUCUAGUUUGAAACAUUUUGAAACACGUCUACUUACUCAGUUAACGUUACACAAUUAUGUAUUACUUUUUUCUCAAGAAGGCUUGACGUCGAAAUAUAUUAGAAAAGAAAUGGUAUGUAAUCGUUGGAGUUGUUCUUUAUAAUAUAUAUAAAUAGUUUCUCCCAUACUGAAGAAACAAGUCCGCACAGCUGAUAGCUAAACCUUUGUUUCCGAGAAAGACAGUUUGCGUUUAUAACCAAGAUUGUAGUAAUUUAAAUGGAAACAAUUAGAAAGUAUAUUUUUGUUGUGAAUUUGGAAAAUGUUA